GUGGCACUGUUGGCAGAAUUAUACAAAACAGCCAUUUCUCUAACAUACGAAGAGCAAAGAUUUGACGAACGUAGAACAAACUUGAACUUGUGUAAAUCGAGACUAACUUUCAGUCAGCUAGUUAUGGUCAGAUCUAGAUAAACGCAUCUCGCAAACCCUAACGAAAAUCGGUGUUGCCAUCUAUAGAAAAUAAACUGAGACCCCCUUUUGAUAUAUCUUCCAUUGACAAAUGGUACGUACCCUUUUAUUUCACAUAAGUUCAAAAAAAUACUGCAUCUCUUUCAAGAUUUAACUGCUGUGACUGGCCUGUCUUUUUUCAAGAAUGAACAGAUUUUUUGUUGACAGAUUUUUCAACCUAACCUGAAUGACAGAUUUUCCAACCCCCCGCUCCUCCGGGUCCAACCCUUACAUAAUGUCAUACUUACUUUAACUCGUGAAAUUCCUCGGCCAUUAAAGGGAGUACUAAUGCACCCUGGGAUUUCGGGUGCAUAUAUAUGAAAUAACUUCCGGGCCCGGGCAGAAUGUCCCGGGGGCUACUCCCCUAUAUAAGCCAUAUAGGUAUGUGCCGCCUUAAGGGUGGUUUUUGCGCCGUCUGAAAUCGGGUAUGGUUUUCGAUAGAAUUACGGCAGUAUAUGAACGUAUUUAUCGUUUCAAUUCAAAAUAAGUAAGGAAGAAAGAGAAAUAUGCGAAUUGGAAAUGGAAUUUAAGAAAUUUUUUUUGUUCCUGUUCUAUCUAAGUAUCUAAGCAGGAGCCCAUCAAAUUUGAUGGGCUCCUGAUCUAAGUAAUUAAUUAGAUGCCAGGUCCGAAAACGGGUAUGGAUUUUACAGGCCAGGUCUCAAAACAAGUGUGAAAAAUGACAUUUUUUUGUCUGGAAAAGGGUCAGGAUUUGGAGAACCGGGCGGCACACCUCCACCAAGAAUUCCCAGGAGUACCAACCCCCCCCCCCCCCCCCCCCCCCCCCCCCCCCCCGGCAAUCGAGCCCCCGCCCGCCGCGCCGUCGGGGGGGGGGGUGACCGAGCGCCCGCGCGCGCACAGACAAUUUUAACAAAAUAGCACAUAACUUCGAAAGUAGGAGUAGAAACAAGAACAACACCCACAACAUACAUCUAGUAACGUAAACAAUUCCCCCCCCCCCCCCCCCCCCCCCCCUUCCGAGCGGAAAGUUUGAGCAAGGGCCCUGCGUGAAUCGUGUGUUGGCGAUCAUACCGCGAGCGGGCGCCAAUUUAAUAAGACUUUUACAAGCGUAAAUUACAUGUGUAGCCAUGGUCUGAAAACAAUGGCCACACUUGCAAAUUAUACGUGUAAAAGUUUUAUAAAAUUUACCCCGGGACUUAAGUUUUUUUGUUUCUUGGAUCUUCCCCUUCCCAAAACGACAAAAUUGAGCUUUUUUUCGGUGAGAUUUAGCAAGUACGGAAGGAGUUUUAACUAGCAAGAAGGGCGUACAAGUCCAAGCGAAAGCAAAUAAGGUUACCCUCUUUCGCUCUCGCCACUUAUUGCGUUUUGCUCGCAUCCAGAAACGCUUUCUAUUAGCACCCACAGCUACACUCGCGGUGAUGCUGGACCAACACCCUUAGUACCCUCAAAGCCCUCAAGUAUACCUGUUAUACCUGUUUCUUACAUCAUAGGUUUAAAAUAUUGGCCCGAUGGUCUGUAUGGCCUUCCCAUGGCUGCUAGUGGCUGUCCGAAUGAUCCUUCUGUAAACUGGAGAUUGGGUACCCUGUACCAAGACUGUGAAGACACGGAUCCGGAAACCCAUCAUUCAUUCAGCUUCAAUUUAAAAGCUUCUAUAAUACAAGGCGAUGUUGAGCGGUCGUUUUGCAUGAAAACUACCACUUUCUUCGAUUCAAGAAGAAAAGCGUGGCCUCCUGGAAAAUACUGCAUCUAUCUCUCAGGAAGGUCAUGUCCUUUGGGAAUGACUGUAGGUUGGAUUGUGUGGGAUGACGAAAAUGCUUCUAUACCUGGAACAAGCAACAGAAACCAUCGCAAUGGUACCUUGCCAGCUGGACAGUACGACAGCAAUACGUGAGUACCUUAAAAAUAAUAGUCCUUCCCAGUUUUUUCCUUUCCUCCCAAUACCCUACCCAUUUCGACGCCUGCUAGUAAGUUAGGCAAAAAUAUGGUUUUUAAAAUAGUGCUUACAGGUUUUCAGGACAUCCUUGUAGAGCAGUGGCGGAUCCAGGGGAAGGGGCGGGGGGCCCGGCCCCUCCUCCCUUAGUUUUAGACCAAAUUCAGGCCCGGAGGGCCAAAACAAUUUUUUUUGGAGACCAGACUCCCCUUAUCUAAGGGUCUGGAUGAGCUGGCCCCCCCUUAUCUCAAGGUCUGGAUCCGGUACUGUAGAGUACCAGAGACACGCUUAAACUGGGUAAGGUUUUGAUCAUGCGUUUGACAUAGGCACAGGUAAAGCAAAUAAAUGUGUGAGUGACUUAAACUGAGGUAAAGCAAAUUAUGCGACCGAACUGCGGGCCCUACAAUCGACUACGAGACACAUGUUCAAACGGCUCUUGCUCAAGUUCCCCGCCCGUGGCCCAGUAGACGGACGCUGCAUGGUAGUUUCGAUGCCGAUGGUAUCAGUACUCUUUGAGUUCGUGUAAAAUUGACUGUUUCACAGUUUUGUCUUCACAUCUGACUUGUCGUCCGUACGGUGGAAUUCCUGCGCUCGUUCCUGCAGGCGUCAUUUCACGGGGAUACCAAAGGUGGCGACGCGAAAUGUCGGUUGUUUUCUCAGGCUGCCCAAAUAGUAGACUUGCUACAAGUCGACCUCUUGGCGAGCGGAGCGCGCCUUUUUUAGCUAGGCCGCGAAGCGGCCGACCGAGCGACGAAGUCGCGAGGGGUUCCGCGCCAUCUUAAAUCCGGCGAUGGACUUUUUUGAAAGUCUACUUAAAUAGAACCCUGACAAAAUCAAGGAUUCAACUAUAAUGCGACGAGUGGACUAACGCCCUAUAAAAGAGAGGUCCAACUAUACAGCUGGAUGGUUUUUUGAUUGGGAGCUUGUCAGUAAUAUAUGAUGAUGUUGGAUGAUGAUUGAAAGUACCAGUUAACUUGUGAACAGCUUCCCGUUUUGGUGUAAGGGGGGGUUGAAAAGGGCGAGCAGACGGCAAGGGAAAAAAUGAAAGAGAGGAAGUGUGGAAGUAAUGUCAUUUUCCACUUCGUAGUCCCUCGCUCUAUACUACUUUCCCUUUUUACCGGUAUGCGUUACAACAGGAUACAAAAAGUAAACUCCAAAACCCGUGUGCGACCAAACCUGGACUGGACCCUGGUCAGGGAUGUAUUCACAGAGCAACGUAUAAAAUGACGCUUAAUUUACUAAAUGCUUUGCGACUCUUCAGAGUGGGCAGAUCUCAAUGCUAGAAAUCAGUUUCCGGGACUUUCGCUCGUCCUUCUAAAAUAGAAGUCGUUUAUUAAUGGCUGAUACCCAACUCGUCAAUAAAGACUGACCUUGCCUGUGAGCUAAAUCAAAGCUCUUUGCUGUAUUUUUCAUUUCUUUUCAUUCGGCACCAUAUCAAUUGCAGUUAAUACUUUUAAUCAAACAGCCUUAUCUACUACUGCUGCAGUACAAGUGGUUCGGCCCAAUACCCUAUCAGCCUUCCGCUGGAGUCACCGUUCUAUCUUAUAGCGUACGGUACGAGGACAUGCCAGGCGGUAAGGGGGGCCAAAUCAAUCUUGGAGUAUAUUUACUACGAGACAGAAAUUUUCACACUCAUGUCUAUGGACGAUUACGGCGGAGCACAUCCAUAUGGUGUUGCAAAGGGCGGGAAGGGACACGUGAUCUUCUACUGUUAUUAUACCCGUAAGUAUAUAUUUUUUAGAAAGUUAAUGGCCUCAACCAACUGAAUAUAUUUUCCAGUGAAUACAAUGAAGCGAAAUUAUGUCCAAGGUACACCCAGCCAUCGCACUAGACUACGCGCAGUUUCUCUUUUUCUUCAGAUUUAGUAAGGGGAGUGCACGCGCGCCGAGUGUUGAGCGGCGAAGCCGCGAGACGCGAGAAACGAGGGUGGCAAGAAAGUCUUGGAUUCUGCAUUCCAAUCGUAAUCGAGAUUCCAGAUUCCUUGAGCUGAAUUCCGGAUUCCAAAGCCUAGGAUUUCGGAUUUGACGAGCAAAAAUUUCCGUAUUCCGGAAUCUGGAUUGCCUAAAAGGCGGCGACUCUUCAAAUUAACCGGGAUGAAAAGUGAAUAAGCUUACCUUCACUACUCAAUUUGUGCGCUGAUUCAAGGUCCUAAUUACAGCUAGCAAGAUUCUUGGACUUGCUUUGUAGCUCCGCCUCAAUCUAUCUUAUCCCUAUUGAGACAACUACAUACGCUAUGGAGAGACAUUGGCCGUAUUUAUACUAGAAGACGUCUUAGACGUCCAGACGCAUUAAACGUCUGACUGUUAAGUGCGUCGUUAAGUGCGUCUUGUUUUUAUACUAGACGUCUUAAACGUCUGAGACGAAUAAUUCAUCUGUUCGACGCACUUAACCUCAGACGUUUUAUUCGCCUGACGAUUAAUACGUCUGCCUUAUUUCCCGUGUUUAUACUAAGUCGUCUAAGACGUCUUAGACGUCCUCUAGUAUAAAUACGGCUAUUAAUAUAAGACUCGGUUAUUUGUUUAUUGUGUCUAGGUUUACAACUUUCUACACCUAUUGAACUGUACAUUUGUUUUUCUAGGGUAGAGACUGAGUCUGAUCAUCAUCAUACUUUUAAUUAUUUUUCCUUUUCUUUUUGUUUGUUUGUUUGUUCUUGCAUUUUGUUUCCUGGUGAAGCUAUAUACUGCCCUCCACUGAAACGCCCUGAUAAUGGAAAGCUGAAACCCUUUCACUGUGGUGAGAGAAAUAACAACAAAUUCAACGACACCUGUUCAGUAAGUUGCAAUCCUGGGUACAUACCCGAAAAUCCCGAGGGCCAAGUAACCACGUGUUUAGAGAAUGGAACUUGGAGUAACCCAUCCCUCACUGGCUGCAAACGUAAGAUAGUGUUCUUUGUUACAUUAUAUGAUGGACUUAAGGGGUAAAAUCAACACCUUGUUCUGAUUAGUCUUUUACUGUAUGGGUUUUAUUAGUACUAGACGUUCGCGUAUCUUGAGUUGAUAGCCACUGGUUUUAAAGUGAACUUGGAAUCGAUACCUUUCUUGGAACUGAAAUUUUCUUUGAGUGUUGCUGCGUGCCGUUUUCGUUUGGCGAUGAUCACCGUUGUACCAACGAAAACGUCUGGGAAACGAGGAUUUAAAUAUAAUAAUUAUCAGAAGCGUUUUUUGAAGAGGGCGUGGGGUGGAGGGUGAUCCUGUUACAUUGCGAUGAUAACGAUGAUGAUGUUGAUGAUGAUGACGAAGACGAUGAUGAUCAGGGUUGAUGCUAAUGAUCACUUUUUAGUUUUAUUUCUCAUAACUUAUUGCUUUAAUGAAUGUUUUUCAGGUUCUUUUCAAAACAUUACAACAUCGCCAGUUACAAAAUACCGAAUAACGUCUUCAACGCCAGUUUUGACUUGGACACAAUCACCUUUACAGACCACAGCGUCCAUACCUCUAAAUCUCAGUACCACGUCUUGUUUUGUAUCGCCUCCCAGGGUCACCGUCAGUUCAAGCGUCAUUCCAGUUUCCCGCGCUUCAUCUCUGUGGAGUAGCACCACACCAUCCCCUACUCUACCCUCUGUUGGUAGUAGUAUACCGCCCGUCGAGGAGGAGGUUGGGUCAUCGCAUAAUACCCUACAAGAAACUAAUUUCUUGAUCGGAGCGGUAGCUGGUGGUGCACUACUCUUGGUGAUCAUAAUUCUAUCGCUUGUUAUUCGAAGGAGAAGGUAA